UCGCAAGGAGAAAUCUUCAACUUCGAUGCAGCAAUGCGAGAAAGCGUAAGAAAUAUCGCUAAUGACUUCCGCGCCUUGGUGGCUCAAGGAAGAGCUGGAGAAACCACGCCACCUGGGAAAUAUCCGGUUAGGCAACCUCCAGCUAAGAACAUGAAAAUUCUCGCGUGGAACAACACUUUGGAACAGCUUGCAGUGGAUUUGGCUCGUUCGUGCGAAUUCGAACAUGAUACCCGUAAAAAGGAACCCUAUUACGGUAAAUUUGGCCAGAACCUGGCUUUCGAGUCCGCUCCACUAGACACUGUGUACACGAAGGACGUUGUGCUGAAACUCGUGAAAAGUAUGUCUCAAAGUUGGUUUGAUGAACACUACGAUUUUCGGUACGGUCCGCUGCCCUCUGGAGUCAUGAUGUCGUACCUCCAUUAUACACAAGUAAACAAUUCUCAAUGA